CAAAAUAGUUAGAAUAGUUACACAAAGCUUAGGUUAUCAAGAAAGAAGAAAAAAAUUACUGGAAAAGUUUUGAGGAAGUCAUUGAGUACCAGAAGAGGAGAGCAGUUGGUCAUGCUGGUGGAAUAACUUUCUCUGCAAAGGGCCUGGGAGUUGAAGCAGAGUGCAGAGGAGUGGUUAUGAGUCUCAGAAAUCCUGCCACAGAGCCGCCUCCUUUAGUGCCCUAUUACUUAACCUUGAGGGACACAGAGAGCAUGAGCUGCCAAGGGGCUUUUGGUUGCCUUACCGUCCUGCUAAGAACAUACAGCAUUGUUUUGACUUUCCCUUAGCUUAGGGAACCUCCUCCAGAUACUCAGCUGGCUGGUUGCUUGCAAGUGGGAUGGAUUUUGCAAAGUUCCUACUAGUGAGUUGGAGGAAGCUUGACAUAAAUCAAGCACGGUGUGCCAAAAGCUCCAGAGGGCUACCUUAUGUCCCAUACAAAUGUUACAUUUCUAAUAUUUAUAACUUCUUUAAACAUUUAUCCAGACUUUUCCCAAUUCCUCAAUAGAGUUCUUACUGUUGUCUUUUCGACACAACCUGUCCCGGUCCUAUGAAAAUCUCUCCUCUGUGAGAGGCUUCAUUCAUUCAUUCAUUUUUUUUUGAGAUGGGUUUCAUUCUGUCACCCUGGCUGGAGUGCAGUGGCAUGAUCUUGGCUCAUGGCAACCUCCACAUCCUGUGUUCUAGUGAUUCUCCUGCCUCAGCCUCCCUAGUAGCUGGGAUUACAGGCACCCGCCACCAUUCCUGGAUAAUUUUUUGUAUUUUUAGUGGAGACAGGAUUUCACCAGGUUGGCCAGGUUGGUCACAAGCUCCUGGCCUCAAGUGAUCCACUCGUUUUGGCCUCCAAAUUGCUGGGAUUACAGGCAUAAGCCACCACUCCCAGCCUAUUCUAUCUUAAGAACGCUUUUUCUCCCCUUUAAUCUCUCCUGGAUUUCAAGCACCCCUUUUCCACAACUCUGAUAUCCAUUAAUAAAGAAUAAUUCCCAUGAGCCCAUCAUGUAGUGACCCACUAUUUUUCAGUGACAGAAAAAAAAGGUCUUUAUAAAGAGAAGUAAAAGUCUAAAGUCAUCAAAACAAUGUUAUAUCCUGUGUGAAAUGCUGCAGUCAGGAUGCCUUGUGGUUUGAGUCCCCUGAUCAUGUGCCCUAAGAGGAUGGUGGCAGUGGUGGUGGCCGUGGAUGACGGAGACUGUCAGGCCUUGGCAGGAAUCAAGAUUUUGGUGAAGCAGUCGCCCAUGCUUGAGGCAUAUGACAACACGGUCAACCUUACCUGCAAGUAUUCCUGCAAUCUCUUCUCAAGGCAGUUCCAGGCAUCCCUUCAUAAAGGAGUGGAUAGUGCUGUGGAAGUCUGUGCUGUGCAUGGGAAUUACUCCCAGUUGCUUCAGGUUCACUCAGCGACGGGGUUCAACUGUGAUGGGAAAUUGGGGAAUGAAUCAGUGACAUUCUACCUCCAGAAUUUGUAUGUUAACCAAACAGACAUUUACUUCUGCAAAAUUGAAAUCAUGUAUCCUCCUCCUUACCUAGACAGCGAGAAGAGCAAUGGAACCAUUAUCCAUGUGAAAGGGAAACACCUUUGUCCAGGUCCCUCAUUUUCUGGACCUUCUCAGCCCUUCUGGGCACUGGCAGUGGUUGGUGGAGUCCUGGCUUCCUACAGCUUGCUAGUAACAGUGGCCCUUAGUGUUUUCUGGAUGAGGAGUAGGAGGAGCAGGCUUCUGCACAGUGAUUACAUGAACAUGACUCCACGCUGCCCCGGGCCUACCCGCAGGCACUACCAGCCCUAUGCUCCGCCGCGUGACUUCGCAGCCUAUCGCUCCUGACACGGACGCCUAUCCAGAAGCCAGCCGGCUGGCAGCCCCCAUCUGCUCAACAUCACUGCUCUGGAUAGGAAAUGACUGCCUCAUCUCCAGCCGGCCACCUCAGGCCCCUGUUAGGCCACCAAUGCCGAUUUUUCUUGAGUGACUAGACCAAAUAGCAAGAUCAUUUUGAGACUCUGAAAUGAAGUGAAAGAGACUUCCUGUGGCAGGCCAAGUCUUACAGUGUCAUGACCCACAUCCAGACUUACUAUGUAUUUAUUGACUUGACUGAGAAGUUGGGUAGAAAACAAAAAGGGAGUGGAUUCUGGGAGCCUCUUUCCUUUCUCACUCACCUGUACAUCUCAGUCAAGAAAAGUGUGGUAUCCAUGGACAUUUUAGUUGCAGAAGAAAGGCUAGAAAAUCAUUCCUUUUGGUUAAAUAGGUGUUUAGACUAAAUGGGUGUAAUCUGUGGGUUAGAUGGGGUAAGUUAGAUUAGGGGGAGGGAUAGGAAGACAAAUAUUUAAAAAACAUUAAAACACUGUCUCCCACUCAUGAAAUGAGCCACUUAGUUCCUAUUUAAUGCUGUUUUUCUUUUAGUUUAUGAAUUUUAGUUUAUGAAUUUCCUUUUAGUAUAUGAAUUCUGACCAUAUUUAGUCAUUUUGACCAAAUAAGGGAUUUGGUCAAAUGAGGGAUUCCCUCAAAGCAGUAUCAGGUAAACCAACUUGCUUUCCUCACUCCCUGUUUGGGACUUCAGUGUUAAUGUUCACAAUGUACUUUCAAAAGAAUAAAAUAGUUAUCCUACACCAAGAAAGAAUAUGUCAGGAAAUAAGGUCACUUUACGUCAAAAUUAUUUCAGUACCAUGGGACCUGGUGCAGGGGCUCACACCUGUAAUCCCAGCACUUUGGGAGGCAGAGGUGGGCAGAUCACUUGAGGCCAGGACUAGCCUGGUAAAGAUGGUGAAACCUGGUCUAUACUAAAAAUACAAAAAUUAGCCGGGCCUGGUGGUGGGCACCUGUAAUCCCAGCUACUCAGGAGGCUGAGGCAGGAGAAUUGCUUGAACCUGGGAGGUGGAGGCUGCAGUGAGCUGAGAUCACUCCACUGCACUCCAGCCUGGGCCAUAGAUUGCGACUCUGGCUCAAACGACAGCCGCAACAAAACCACGGAAUUAUUUAAGUACUAUGAAGGAUUAUUUGUCUAAGAGCUCAUUCCAGUCACAGCAGGCAGGAGCCUUCCUGUUUCAUAUGCUUCAGGAUUGCACGGUUGGUCUCUUUAUUGUUUGUGUGGAGAUCCAAAGUGGGAAGUGAAAAGAGCGUCCAUAGGAGAAGUGAGAAUACUGUGACGAAGGGAUGUUAGCAUUCAUUAGAGUGUGAGGGGUGCGUCCCAAGAAGCUUCUUCAGAAGGAGGGAGAAUGGAAUGGAAUGAUGAAAUACUUGCCAUGUGCUGAGCGGGUGGCCAUCAGUGGGUAACAAUCUUCCAGAAGGUGUCAGGCAGAAGGAGCCUUGCUGAGAGCUCCUUUACAGGGACUUGAUGUGGUUUAGGGUUCAGAGUUCCAAAACUCUGGACUCAGCGGCUCCUGUACAUUGGAGGUCCAUUCACAUGGGAAAGUAUUUUGGAGUGUGUCUUUUGAGAUCAUCAAAGUUCUUACGGGACUGGGUAGGGCCUGACCCUGGAAUGACCAUGGAUAUUUUUCUGCCUCCAGUUUUAGUCAACUAGACUAUGCUUGGGGACCUUGAAGAAUGGCCCUUUGGCGGCCCUUACCAUUUGUUUGUGCUUCAGUUAAUUCAAGGGUUGGAGGAGUUUAGGUUUUAGAGGCACAUAGACUUGGUUCAAGUCUCGUUACUAGUUGAACCUCAGGCAAGUCACUGCCCACCUAAGAUAAUAGUCCUUCAACUGUAAAUGGAGUUAAUGGUCACAAAUGUCUCUUCCUCUGCUAUAAUCUCCAUGAGGGCAUGGCCCAAGUCUGUCUUUGUCUCUGCCCGUCCCUGACAUUUAGUAGCAUGCCUAACAUAUAAUGUUAGCUAUUGGCAUUUUUGCCAUGUAGAUAAAUUACGUAUAAAAAUUAAACAGGGGAAUAGCCUAAGAAAAGGUGAAUAUUGUAAUGCAAAUUUAAACCCACUACGCAGGGAUAAGGUGCUAUAAUUUGAGGGCCUAUUAACUUCCAUCAUUUUCCUGUUUCUUGAAAUAGUUUAUCUGGUAAUGAAAUAUAGGGCACCCCUCACUUUUAUGUAUAGAAAGAGGUCUUCAAAUUUUCAAUGUGGGAAGGAAAGGAGGGGUGGAGUAGAAAUCUUGAGAUUCCAGAUAGAAAAUACUAUACUUAGGUUGAUGUUUUUAAGUAGGCUUCCCUUCCAUGAAUUUAAUCAGUCCCAAGAAGAUCAAACUCAGCAGCACUUGGGUGAUGAAGAACUGUUGAAUUUACCGUGGCACCUGUGCCACAUGCCAGCUUCUUGGAUUGAAGAGUUCUUCAUCUUGAAUCCAAGUUAUGAGAUUGUAUUUGAAAAUGACAAAGCUGCAGAGUGUUUAGAAAUGGCAGUGGCAAAUAUAUAAAUACAUUUUUUAAAAUGGAAAGACUUGAUCAAUGGUAAUAAAUGAUUUUGUUUUCUGACUGGAAAAGUAGGCCUACUAAAGAUGAAUCACACUUGAGAUGUUUCUUACUCACUCUGCACAGAAACAGAGAAGAAAUGUUAUAUAGGGAAGUCCAUUUUCACUAUUAGUAUGAACCAAGAAAUGGUUCAAAAACAGUGGUUGGAGCAACGCUUUUAUAGUUUCAGGUAUGGUAGUUAUGAAGAAAACAAUGUCAUUUGCUGCUAUUAUUGUAAGAGUCUUAUAAAUUAAUGGUAUUCCUGUAAUUUUUGAUUGUGAGCUCACCUAUUUGGGGUAAGCAUGCCAAUUUAAAGAGACCAAGUGUACAUUAUGUUCUAUAUAUUCAGUGAUAAAAUUACUAGACUACUAUAUGACUGCUUUAAAUUUGUACUUUAAUAUUGUCUUUCAGUAUUAAGAAAAAUAUGCUUUCAGACUAGAUAUGCUUCGCUUUGACAAUCAAUCUGGAGAGAACUUGCUAUUUAAAAGAACUGUGGGGUAAAUCCUUGUAUAAAUCUCCUGUUUAGCCUUUUUUAAAAAAGCUAGACUUUCAAAUACUAAUUUCACUUCAAGCAGGGUACAUUUCUGGUUUGUUUGCUUGACUUCAGUCACAAUUUCUUAUCAAACCUCUUUGAGAUAUUGGGCUAGGCUUACCUAUGUAUUCUGUGUGAUGUGAAUGCCCUCAAGUUUGAGAGAGAUCCAACUUCAGCCUUGACCUCAUCAGUCCCUCAGGUUAACUAACUGAGCCACCAGUCCUCAUGGCUAUUCUAAUGAGGCUGUUGAUGGUCAAAUGGAUGUCUCAUCCCUCAUCCCAACCAUUUGCACUGCCAGAUGGGAACUCUACCAGACCUGGAUACUGACCCCAAAGUGUUAAAUUCAACUACAUGCUGGAGAUUGGAGAUGGUGCCAAUAAUGGACCCAGAGCCAGAAUCAUGACUGCCAUAGACUUAUUACUAACCCCGAUCAAAGACAGUGACAUAGACUCUCUCAAGAUCUGGGGUGAGGGAGUCUGUGUUAUCUGAAAGGCCAUUUGAAGCUCAGGAAGUCUCUCUUUCCUAAGCUAUAUGCAUGCUUUCUGACAUAUUCCUACUUAAACAUCACAGGCCUGCUCCUACCUCAGGACCUUAACACGUCCUAUUUCCUCUGUCUGGAAUGCCCUUCCGUAGAUGACCUGGCUUGCUUCGUCACCCUUCAGGUCUUUGCUCAAGUGUCAUCUUCUCCCCUAGAUAAACUCCCUCACACCCUGUCCCCUUCCCUUAUUUUUCUCCAUAGCAUUUUACCAUCUCUUACAUCAGACAUUUUACUUAUUUAUUUAUGGUUUAUAAGCUCCAUGAGGGAAAUAACUUUGCUUUGUUUCUUGCUGUAUCUCCAGUGCCCAGAGCAGUGCCUGGCAUAUAAUAAAUAUUUAUUGAUUGAGUGAA